UCCGGCCAGUUACAGGCAUUCUUGUAACGGCCUCAGGAUUGGCCCCGAAAAGGCUCGGGCGUUUCCGUAAAGGCCUCGGGCUGGGGGCUCGCGGGCGCGCCGGGCUCUUCGGCCGGGUAUUCACAGACGGCGCUUACGGCUGCUCCGCAGCGUAGGGCGGCGGCGGGCACGGGCGGCUGCGCGGCUUUGGCGCACGCACAGAGCGCAGCGGCGGGAGCCCGGCACGCAGCGGAGGGAGCAGCGGGGACAAAGGGACUGAUCGGCAGGAACAGGGAGGGGGGCCCGGCGGGAGACUUCAGCCGGGCGAACGAGUCCUAUGUGCCUUGGGCGCCUGGGGAAACAGCAGCAAAAGCGGCGACCGCCGCCAGCACUCUGAAGCCGGGCUGAGGAGGAGCAGGGAAACUGCCGCCGUCAUGGCCCGUGCCGUCGCCGCCGGCCGCCGUCCGCAGUGCAGCGUGCCCUGCCUGAGCCGCCGCCAGCUGCCCGUGCGGGCGCAAUGAGCGGCCGCACCGCCGGAGCCGCCGCCGCCUCAGCGCCGCACUGAGCAGCAGCGUCAGCGAGCAGCGAGGCCGCCCGGCCGCCUCACCCCCCUCCGCGCGCCGCGGAUCCCGCCGCCACCACCGGAUCCUAUUGCGACUCGUUGCCGCAUCGCCUCCGCUCGGCGGUGCCCUGAAUCCCUCCGCCAGGGAAAAAAAAUAGUCCCGUUGCCUGCCGCCUCCCUCAGAGGCGAGGGGGAAGGAGAGGAACGGGGAGGGGGGAAGGAAGAGAAGGAAGAAAAAGAAGAAAAGGGAAAAAAAGAGAUAAAGCAAAUAAAAGGAGAGAAACGCGGCGGCGGCGGGAUCGGAGGAGCCGGGCCGCGAGCCUCCGCCCCAUGUGACUGGCGCCCGGGGUGGGGGCAGCGAGGCCCAGCGAACCCCCCUCGCUCGGGAGCGGCGCCGGGGGGAGGCGGCUCUCGGACCCACCGGCGCGGCCGGGAAGGAUGAUCGUGUGAGGAGCGGGCGGCGUGAGGAGGAGCAGCAGGAAGCAGGAGAAGAAGAAGCAGCCGCUGGGCGACAGAGACCGAGAGGGGAGGGGGCUUCCCCGGGGGGGGAAGGGGGGGUCCCGGCGUUUCAUGUGGCGCGUCCCACCCGUCUCCUGCAGCUGAGCGAGCGAGGGAGCGGCAGGCGGGCCCGCCGGGGCGAGGCGGAGGGCGAAGGCAGGAAGAGGAGAGAGGUGAUCGCCGUUGGGGCAGAGCGGGAGAGAGACCAUGUCCGGGCGGCCCAGGACCACCUCCUUCGCGGAGAGCUGCAAGCCGGUGCAGCAGCCCUCGGCCUUCGGCAGCAUGAAAGUCAGCCGAGACAAAGAUGGCAGCAAGGUGACUACAGUAGUUGCAACUCCUGGACAAGGUCCAGACCGACCACAAGAAGUCAGCUACACAGACACCAAGGUGAUUGGAAAUGGAUCUUUUGGUGUUGUGUAUCAAGCCAAACUCUGUGAUUCAGGAGAGCUUGUGGCCAUUAAGAAAGUCCUGCAGGAUAAAAGAUUUAAGAACAGAGAGCUCCAGAUUAUGAGAAAAUUGGAUCAUUGUAACAUUGUCCGAUUGCGUUAUUUCUUCUACUCUAGUGGAGAGAAGAAAGAUGAGGUGUACCUCAACUUGGUGCUGGACUAUGUUCCUGAAACAGUAUACAGAGUUGCCAGACAUUAUAGUCGGGCCAAACAGACACUCCCUAUGAUUUAUGUCAAGUUGUACAUGUAUCAGCUGUUCCGGAGUUUAGCCUAUAUCCAUUCCUUUGGGAUCUGCCACCGGGAUAUAAAACCACAGAACCUCUUGCUGGACCCUGAUACAGCUGUUCUAAAACUCUGUGACUUUGGAAGUGCAAAACAGCUGGUUCGUGGAGAACCCAACGUGUCGUACAUCUGCUCUCGGUACUACAGGGCACCAGAGUUGAUCUUUGGGGCCACCGAUUAUACCUCCAGUAUAGAUGUGUGGUCAGCAGGCUGUGUAUUGGCUGAACUGUUACUAGGACAACCGAUCUUUCCAGGUGACAGUGGUGUGGAUCAGUUGGUGGAAAUAAUCAAGGUUCUGGGAACGCCUACAAGGGAGCAAAUUAGAGAAAUGAAUCCAAACUAUACUGAAUUCAAAUUUCCUCAGAUUAAGGCACAUCCAUGGACUAAGGACUCGUCAGGAACAGGACAUUUCACCUCAGGAGUACGGGUCUUCCGGCCCCGCACUCCCCCCGAAGCGAUUGCGCUGUGCAGCCGCCUGCUGGAGUACACCCCCACGGCCCGCCUGACUCCCCUGGAGGCCUGCGCGCACUCGUUCUUCGAUGAACUACGGGACCCAAACGUCAAGCUACCCAACGGGCGAGAUAAACCUGCACUCUUCAAUUUCACCACUCAAGAACUGUCAAGUAACCCAUCUCUGGCUUCGGUCCUCAUCCCUGCUCAUGCCCGGAACCAAGCAGCUGCUUCAACCCCUACAAAUGCUACAGCGGCCUCAGAUGUUAACGCAGGAGAACGAGUUCAGACCAAUAGUGUAGCUACAGCAUCAGCCUCCAACUCCACCUGAACCAGUACCAAGCAGCCAGCUGCACAGGAGAAAUCACCAGUAAUUUGAGUCUUGCUCAGCAACACUGGUCACAUUUGGAAAGAAAAUUAAAAAGAGGAAAAAAAAAUCCAACAAAACAACAAACCAACCAACCUGUUCAUUUUAGUGUUCAAUUUUUUAUUAUUAUUAUUGUUGUUCUUAUUUAACCUUGUAAAAUAUCUAUAAAUACAAACCAGUUUCAUUGUA